AUGGCCGAAAGACGGCCAGCCCAGGUUUGGUACAUUGAACCCACCGAAGAACUCAUCCAACAACUCAGGCAAGAGCUGGAGUCAGCUCGAGCCCAGCUGCAACUUUUCUCAGCACGAGAAAAGGGGCUCCAGGAGACUAUUGUGUCGCAGAACAAAGAGAUCGAACAUCUGAGGGAGCUUCUUACAGCAUCUCGCCCUGGUGGCUACACCCAGCAUGGAGGUGAGAGAGCCGGUAAUGGCUCCGUGGUGGCACACCUUGGACGACUGGUCUUGGGUGAUGGCAACUCUGAGUUCUUUGCAGGUUCUACGACAGGAGUUCAUUUUGUUCUCUCGGCUCAGCAGCUAUAUCAGACUACUUUCUCUUCCCAGGAGCAUUUUCCCGAAUGUUUGUUUCGCCUGCACAUCCUGCGGCAUAAAGAAUUGCCCGUGGCUUUGGAACAAAACAUAAGCAUUGCAAGUUGUUUGGAGAACGGUCAACUCACUUCGAGCAAUAUCUUUGAGCCCCUACGUAAUCACCUCCGUAAUGUUGGGGUGGUUGCUGUCCGCAAGGCAUUUGACAAGUACCAACAAUGUUGGGGAAUUCUAUAUCCUGUAUUGUUGUCAAAACAGUUCCUCGACACUUUUGAUGCUACGAUUAAUGAUGUGUGGACCACACCUCUUGAACCGCAUCUCAGGAUACCAUUUCUCCUUCAGGUGUAUGCCUUAAUGGCGCUUGACAACGUCGAUAGCAGUACUGCCGCAACUGAAAUAGUGCCCUUGCCUUAUCACCUGGACACCAUACUGAGCAACCUACUUGGCCAGAUGCCUUGCCGAGGAGAUAUUUCCAGUCUCCAAGGCUUAAUUCUUUACCUUCUCUAUCUGCAGAUGACAUCGCAGCACUCAUUAGCAAUACGGACCUGUGGUAUGAUCGUAAGGCUAGCGCAGUCGCUCGGACUUCAUCGACACACCAGACGAUUCAAACACACACCCGGUGAAAACAAUCAAGCAUCUUAUAUGGUCUACCCAGAAACAUACAAGCAGCAGACACAGAUACCGAUCUCCCUACCAAUACCGACUAUGAUGACAUGCAUAGCGAUCAGCUGUCGUAUCCGUUACCUGGAGAAACUACCCAUAUCGAACCAUUUCUCCAAGGUGGAGUAG